CAAACUGUCUUGUUUGUUUUUUUUGUCUUUUUCAUGUUCCUUUGUUAGGUUUUUGCUGGUUUCAAUACGAAAAAUUCAAACAAUGAUGACAUGUUUACUGGAUGGAUCAGAAGUUCUCUUUGGGAUUUGAUUGAAGGAUGAAUUCCUGGGCAUUCAGAUGGUAUAGAAAUAGACAAAAUCUCAGACAUUUCAGACAUGGAAGUGAGAGGUGUUAGUGAAGAUAAUCAAGUUUCUCAUCCAUCGUCAUCAACAUCGAAUGAAGUCGCCGGCGGCAACUCAACGCCCGUCAAAGGCGACAGAAACACAAUCAUGGAAGCAGCAGGGAGCGACGGACCCUCACAUGCCCCAAAACCAAGUAGGAUACCAUCGCACAUAUUCAAUCCGACGAGCGAGACAUCGCCGGGGGACUGGAGUGUGGCAUCGAACGAUUCGUUGUUCAGCAUACAUAUGGGGAACACGAGUUUCAACGACAGGUUAAGCUUGAUGUCGAAAUCAGGGGAACUGGAUCCUACCACGAUAUCGAGUCCGCUGUUCGAGUUCCCGAUACCGCACCCGACGCGGAAAGCAAGCGAAAGUGGUAGCAUGAAGGAGGAGGAUGAAGAUGGGUAUGCAGCGGUAUUAAGGGAGAAUGAAUCUAAGCAAAUCAACCAUAGUGCUAAGGGAUCAGAUCUUUCCCGUUGCAUGUCUCAGCUUUCGGAUACCAGUGUCAAAUCUUUCGCCUUCCCCAUAUUGACUGCUGAAGCGGAUAAAAACGACGCAAGCAAAAAACAUUCAAAAAGUAAAAAUUCGUCGCGGCCUGCCACCGCUAGUACAACUCCACAAAACACACCGCCGGAAACCCCUAAGCCACCGAAGUCACCGGAAACCCCAAAGGCAGAAACACCGAAGCCUUCGACACCAAAAGCAACCCAAAACGGAGGUCCGAGGAGAUGGUUCUCUUGCUUUUCUUGUUUCCCAUCUUGCUCAUAAGAGAAACCGCAAACUGGAGAAAAAAAAAUUGAUUUGAAAACGGGCGGCAUUGAUAUGGUUUCAAGCUCCAUGGGUUCCCAAAGUUUGGGAAUGGUUCCAUUGUUGGUUUUUAUUACAUGCUAAAGAAAAAAAAAAAACUUCAAGACUCACGUUUGUUUUCAAUGUAGUUUCUUUCUAAGAUGUUUUUGAAUGUUUUUAUUGCACUA